AUGCCGGCAACUCUCCGCGAGCAGCGGCAGCGCUGCCGCUGCUCGCGGAGAGGUCCGCGAAGCCUGGGCGCGCUGAUCUCAGCGCGCGCAGGCUUCGGCAUGCCGGCAACUCUCCGCGAGCAGCGGCAGCGCUGCCGCUGCUCGCGGAGAGGUCCGCGAAGCCUGGGCGCGCUGAUCUCAGCGCGCGCAGGCUCGGCAUGCCGGCAACUCUCCGCGAGCAGCGGCAGCGCUGCCGCUGCUCGCGGAGAGGUCCGCGAGCCUGGGCGCGCUGAUCUCAGCGCGCCCAGGCUUCGGCAUGCCGGCAACUCUCCGCGAGCAGCGGCAGCGCUGCCGCUGCUCGCGGAGAGGUCCGCGAAGCCUGGGCGCGCUGAUCUCAGCGCGCCCAGGCUUCGGCAUGCCGGCAACUCUCCGCGAGCAGCGGCAGCGCUGCCGCUGCUCGCGGAGAGGUCCGCGGAGCCUGGGCGCGCUGAUCUCAGCGCGCCCAGGCUCGGCAUGCCGGCAACUCUCCGCGAGCAGCGGCAGCGCUGCCGCUGCUCGCGGAGAGGUCCGCGAGCCUGGGCGCGCUGAUCUCAGCGCGCCCAGGCUUCGGCAUGCCGGCAACUCUCCGCGAGCAGCGGCAGCGCUGCCGCUGCUCGCGGAGAGGUCCGCGAGCCUGGGCGCGCUGAUCUCAGCGCGCCCAGGCUUCGGCAUGCCGGCAACUCUCCGCGAGCAGCGGCAGCGCUGCCGCUGCUCGCGGAGAGGUCCGCGAGCCUGGGCGCGCUGA